GCCCCCGGCGACACGCGGCGUCCUCAGCGCCCGGGCGGGCGGGCGCAGGACAGCCCGGGCGCCCGCGGGGGACGCACGGAGGGCGCCGCGUUCGCGCUGUCCCGAGCCAGGCCCGCCGCGGCCGGAGCCCAUGAGCGCCAUGCGCCUGCUGACACUCGCCCUGCUCUUCUCCUGCUCCUUCGCCCGCGCCGCCUGCGACCCCAAGAUCGUCAACAUCGGCGCGGUGCUGAGCACGCGGAAGCACGAACAGAUGUUCCGCGAGGCCGUGAACCAGGCCAACAAGCGGCAUGGCUCCUGGAAGAUCCAGCUCAACGCCACCUCCGUCACCCACAAGCCCAACGCCAUCCAGAUGGCCCUGUCGGUGUGCGAGGACCUCAUCUCCAGCCAGGUCUACGCCAUCCUAGUUAGCCACCCACCUACCCCCAACGACCACUUCACUCCCACCCCCGUCUCCUACACCGCCGGCUUCUACCGCAUCCCCGUGCUGGGGCUGACCACCCGAAUGUCCAUCUACUCGGACAAGAGCAUCCACCUGAGCUUCCUGCGCACGGUGCCGCCCUACUCCCACCAGUCGAGCGUCUGGUUCGAGAUGAUGCGCGUCUACAGCUGGAACCACGUCAUCCUGCUGGUCAGCGACGACCACGAGGGCCGGGCGGCGCAGAAGCGCCUGGAGACGCUGCUGGAGGAGCGCGAGUCCAAGAGUAAAAAAAGGAACUAUGAAAACCUCGACCAACUGUCCUAUGACAACAAGCGCGGACCCAAGGCAGAGAAGGUGCUGCAGUUCGACCCGGGGACCAAGAACGUCACGGCGCUGCUGAUGGAGGCCCGAGAGCUGGAGGCCCGUGUCAUCAUCCUCUCUGCCAGCGAGGACGACGCCGCCACCGUGUACCGCGCAGCCGCGAUGCUGAACAUGACGGGCUCGGGGUACGUGUGGCUGGUCGGGGAGCGCGAGAUCUCGGGGAACGCCCUGCGCUACGCCCCCGACGGCAUCAUCGGGCUGCAGCUCAUCAACGGCAAGAACGAGUCCGCGCACAUCAGCGACGCGGUGGGCGUGGUGGCGCAGGCGGUGCACGACCUCCUGGAGAAGGAGAACAUCACCGACCCCCCGCGCGGCUGCGUGGGCAACACCAACAUCUGGAAGACCGGGCCGCUCUUCAAGAUGUGGAGGAGGACCGCAUGCGAGGAUGGGAGCUCCCCCCAGGGCGCCCCCAUGCUGGCUUGCUACAAACCUGCACUCUUCACCACACCAGCCCCGCCAGCCACCGAACAGACACCCAAAGGCAAGGACUUCAUGUUUCCAAUUGUGACGAUCCACCAGGAGCCCUUCGUGUACGUCAAGCCCACGCUGAGCGACGGGACGUGCAGGGAGGAGUUCACGGUCAACGGCGACCCGGUCAAGAAGGUGAUCUGCACCGGGCCCAACGACACGUCUCCGGGCAGCCCGCGCCACACGGUGCCGCAGUGCUGCUACGGCUUCUGCAUCGACCUGCUCAUCAAGCUGGCGCGCACCAUGAACUUCACCUACGAGGUGCACCUGGUGGCCGACGGCAAGUUCGGCACGCAGGAGCGGGUGAACAACAGCAACAAGAAGGAGUGGAACGGGAUGAUGGGCGAGCUGCUCAGCGGGCAGGCGGACAUGAUCGUGGCACCACUGACCAUCAACAAUGAGCGGGCGCAGUACAUCGAGUUCUCCAAGCCCUUCAAGUACCAGGGCUUGACCAUUCUGGUCAAGAAGGAGAUCCCCCGGAGCACGCUGGAUUCAUUCAUGCAGCCCUUCCAGAGCACCCUGUGGCUGCUGGUGGGACUGUCUGUGCACGUGGUGGCCGUGAUGCUGUACCUGCUGGACCGCUUCAGCCCCUUUGGUCGGUUCAAGGUGAACAGCGAGGAGGAGGAGGAGGACGCGCUGACCCUAUCCUCGGCCAUGUGGUUCUCCUGGGGCGUCCUGCUCAACUCUGGCAUCGGGGAAGGUGCUCCCCGAAGCUUCUCCGCACGCAUCCUGGGCAUGGUGUGGGCCGGCUUCGCCAUGAUCAUCGUGGCCUCCUACACUGCCAACCUGGCAGCCUUCCUGGUGCUGGACCGGCCAGAGGAGCGCAUUACGGGCAUCAACGACCCACGGCUGAGGAACCCCUCGGACAAGUUCAUCUACGCGACCGUGAAGCAGAGCUCGGUGGACAUCUACUUCCGGCGGCAGGUGGAGCUGAGCACCAUGUACCGGCACAUGGAGAAGCACAACUACGAGAGCGCAGCGGAGGCCAUCCAGGCCGUGAGGGACAACAAGCUGCACGCCUUCAUCUGGGACUCGGCGGUGCUGGAGUUCGAGGCCUCGCAGAAGUGUGACCUGGUGACUACAGGCGAGCUGUUCUUCCGCUCUGGCUUUGGCAUAGGCAUGCGCAAGGACAGCCCUUGGAAGCAGAACGUCUCCCUGUCCAUCCUCAAGUCCCACGAGAAUGGCUUCAUGGAAGACCUGGACAAGACGUGGGUUCGGUACCAGGAAUGUGACUCACGCAGCAACGCCCCCGCGACCCUCACUUUCGAGAACAUGGCAGGGGUCUUCAUGCUGGUGGCCGGGGGCAUCGUGGCCGGGAUCUUCCUGAUUUUCAUUGAGAUUGCGUACAAGCGGCACAAAGACGCCCGCCGGAAGCAGAUGCAGCUGGCCUUCGCAGCGGUGAACGUGUGGAGGAAGAACCUGCAGGAUAGAAAGAGUGGUAGAGCAGAGCCCGACCCUAAAAAGAAAGCCACAUUUAGGGCUAUCACCUCCACCCUGGCUUCCAGCUUCAAGAGACGUAGGUCCUCCAAAGACACGCAGUACCAUCCCUCUGAUAUCUCGGGCCCGCUCAACCUCUCAGAUCCCUCGGUCAGCACCGUGGUGUGAGGCCCCCGGAGGCGCCCACCUGCCCAGUUAGCCCGGCCAAGGACACUGAUGGGUCCUGCUGCUCGGGAAGGCCUGAGGGAAGCCCACCCACCCCAGAGACUGCCCACCCUGGGCCUCCGGGCUGUCCGCCCACCCGCCCUACUGCCUGGCGGGCAGCUCCUGCCGGACCGAGGUGCGGACCGGAGCGGCUGAGGACGGGUCAGAGCCGAGCCGGCUGGGCAGGGCCGCAGGGCGCUCCGGCAGAGGCAGGGCCCUGGGGUCUCUGAGCAGUGGGAGAGGGCCUGACCGGCCCCGCGGAGGGGCUUGGAGCAGAGACGGCAGCCCCGCCCUGCGCCAAGGCGGGAGCCACAGCCCCAGCUGGCCGGGUCGCCCUCUUGCAGCGCCUGCGCUCCUCGGCAGCCUGAGCUCCACCCUCUCCUCUUCCUGCUGCACCCCACCCACGCCCCACCUACCCCUGGACCCCGCGCCGGGGCUGGCCCUGCCCGUCUCCCACGGCCGCCCCUGACUCCCCAGCUGGCAGCGCUGCCCAGAGGCGCGCUCGGGCUCCCAGCUGCCUCGGGCCUCCUCCCCCAGACUCGAGAGGGCUGAGCCCUUCUCUUCUCGUCCGGCCUGCAGCCCAGGACGGGCUUCCCCAGACGCUGGCUCGGGACUGUCUUCAACCCUGCCUUGCACCUUGGGCACGGGAGAGCGCCACCGCCCGCCGUCCCCCACCUUGUACAGGACCAGCCUUCCCAGUGCCCGGGCGCGCGCCUUUCCCGUGCGGCCCGUGCGCAGCCGCGCUCCGCCCCCGCCCCCAACCCGGUGUGUGCAGUGGUGAUGCCUAAAGGAAUGUCACAAGAUUUUC